AUGCCUUUGGAGAUUGUGUCGUACAAGGAGCUUUACGAUUGGCUGAUGGACGAAAUCGUGGCCUGUGCCGGUAUCAGAAGCAGUUGCACAUACUGUGGUGUUCUUCGAAGACAGGCUCUUGAUCGAGGUGCAGCCAAGUUGGGCAUCCAACACGUUGUGACAGGACAUAAUGCAGAUGACAUGGCAGAAACUGUUCUCAUGAAUCUUCUUCGAGGCGACACAGCCAGACUAGAACUGCUGUGUGCUCUCCUUACCCACCUGGAAGGUUCUCCCGUCCGCCGGUCGAAGCCGUUCAAGUACAUGUACCAGAAGGAGAUUGUUCUUUAUGCGCAUUAUAAGCGGCUCGACUACUUCAGCACUGAGUGCACGUAUGCGCCAGAGGCAUUUCGGGGCACGGCAAGAGAAUUACUAAAAGGGCUAGGUGCUGUGCGUCCGUCUGUGGUGAUGGACAUCAUUCACAGUGGCGAACAGUUUGUCCUCAAGAAGAAGGAGAUUAGGGGAAACAAAAAGAAGGGUAAGAAGGGUAAGACAGAAAACACAAAAGAUACAGCUGAAGCAGAAAAAUCAGAAAAGACAGCAACAAGAGGUAACACGGUGCCGCCAAGAAAAGAAAGAGGCGCUGUUAAUUCAGAUGGCUCUGUUUCGCUAGGAAAUACCUGUGAGCGUUGCGGCUACAUCACUUCUAACCGUAUCUGUAAAGCGUGCCUAUUGUUGGCUGGUCUCGAAGCCAGUCGUCCGAAAAUGGCCGUGGAACUGGAAGAAGGCGCCGCAAAGGUCGUUCGUGCAUUGGAACUGUUGAGCUUUUAG